CCAAGGUGCAAACCGAAAUUCCUUCGCGAUGCGCCCCCUCUUAUCCCUAGCGGCCCUCCCGGCCCUCUUUUCAACAAUCACCGCCCAAAACAACCACUCCUUCGUCGACUACACCGUCGAAGCAAACCCCGACCUCUUCCCACAAUGCCUCGCAAAACUCAACAUGUCAUUCCCAGACUGUACAUCGGGCCCCCUCUCCCAGAACCUCGUCUGCGACCGCUCCGCGUCCCCGCACGCGCGCGCUACCGCCCUCGUCUCCCUCUUCACCUUUGAAGAACUCGUCAACAACACGGGGAACACAGGCUUCGGGGUCCCAAGACUCAAUCUCCCAAACUACCAGGUCUGGGGCGAGGCGCUGCAUGGUGUGGGGCGGGCGACGUUCCGCGACCAAGGGGAUUUCAGCUGGGCGACCUCGUUUCCUAUGCCGAUUAGCACGAUGGCGGCGCUGAACAAGACACUGAUCAAGCAGAUUGGGGAGAUUGUCUCGACGCAGUUGCGUGCGUACAGUAAUGCGGGGCUUGGAGGGAUAGACGUCUACUCGCCGAAUAUCAACACCUUCCGACACCCCGUCUGGGGCCGGGGACAGGAAACACCGGGUGAAGAUCCGUUUCUUGCAAGCGUGUUUGGAUACGAGUACAUCACGGCUCUCCAGGGGAGCAGCCCCGAUUCAGAAGAGAACCUGAAGAUCAUCGCGACGGCAAAACACUUUGCGGGCUACGACAUCGAGUCCUGGCGCAAUCACUCGCGGCUCGGCAACGACGUCCAGAUCACGCAGCAAGACCUGAGCGAGUAUUACAUGCCGCCGUUCAUCACCGCCGCCCGCGACGCGCGCGUCCGCAGCGUCAUGUGCUCCUACAACGCCGUAAACGGGCUCCCCUCGUGCGCCAACAAAUUCUUCCUCCAGACCCUCCUCCGCGAGACCUUCGCCUUCGUCGAAGACGGAUACGUCUCUGGAGACUGCGGCGCCGUGUACAACGUGUGGAACCCGCAUGGGUACGCAGACGACGAGGCGGCUGCAUCGGCUGCGUCGAUCCGCGCGGGGACGGAUAUCGAUUGUGGGACGAGCUAUCAGUUUUAUCUCGAGGACUCCCUGUCGGAGGAGAUGCUUUCGCGCGCGGAGAUUGAGCGCGGGGUUGUGAGGUUGUAUGCGAGUCUCAUUCGCGCGGGGUACUUUGAUGGGCCCGAUGCGCCGUAUCGGGAUAUUUCCUGGGGUGAUGUGCUGGAGACGGACGGGUGGGAUAUUGCGUAUGAGGCUGCGGUGGAGGGGAUUGUCCUGUUGAAGAAUGCAGAGGGUACGCUGCCUCUCUCCCCUGAGAUCCGGAGCGUAGCGGUCAUUGGGCCCUGGGCGAAUGUCACCACCGAACUGCAGGGCAACUACUUUGGCCCGGCUCCGUACCUCAUCAGCCCGCUGGCGGCGUUUGAAUCUUCGGAUCUGCAAGUCCACUACGCAUUCGGAACAAACGUCUCGUCAUCCUCGGACUCCGGCUUCGACGCCGCCCUGACCGCCGCGCGAGACGCAGACGCAAUCCUCUUCUUCGGCGGCAUCGACAACACCAUCGAGGCCGAAGCCAUGGACCGCGACAACAUCACCUGGCCGGGGAACCAGCUCGAUCUCAUCGCGCAACUCUCGCAACUCCACAAACCCCUCAUCGUGACCACCCUGGGCGGCGGCCAAAUCGACUCGUCCACCCUCAAAGAGAACCCCAACGUCCACGCGCUCCUUUGGGCCGGAUACCCCGGGCAAUCGGGCGGCCACGCCAUUGCCGAUGUCAUUACUGGAAAGCGAGCACCGGCGGGCCGACUCGUUACGACGCAGUACCCCGCGAACUAUGCAGAGACGUUCUCGGCGCUGGAUAUGAGUCUGCGGCCGAAUGAGACGAGUGGGAACCCCGGGCAGACGUAUAUGUGGUAUACGGGCGAGGCUGUUUAUGAAUUUGGGCAUGGGCUGUUUUAUACGACGUUCGCGGAGAGUGCCAACGCCACCGACGGGGGUGUCCUGGACAUCCAGGAGCUUGUGACGGCUUCUCAUGAUGGGUACGGUCGCGUUGAACAGGCGACUCUGCUCAAUUUCACCGUUACAGUCAGGAAUACCGGCAAGACAACAUCAGACUAUACAGGUCUUGUCUUUGCAAACACCACCGCGGGCCCGGAGCCACGGCCGAAGAAGUGGGUUGUUGGAUUCGAUCGGCUGGGUGCGAUUGAAGCUGGUGAGGAGAAGGUUUUCAAUGUACCGGUGACGAUUGAUAGUGUGGCAAGGACAGACGAGAAGGGGAAUCGGGUUCUGUACCCGGGCAAGUAUGAGCUUGCGCUGAAUAAUGAGCGCUCCGUUGUGGUUGGGUUUGAAUUGAAGGGGGACGAGGUCGUUUUGCUUGCCUGGCCCGAGGAGACUGAGGCUAAGACGGAGAUUUUGCAGGUGCAGGGUUAG